CCUGCCGAGCAGCGCUCGGGGCCGCUCGGCCCUUUCCCCAGCCGGGAGCCAGCCGUGGCGGGGUGGGGACAGCCCGUCAGGGACAGCCCCUACCAGAAGAGGAAGCUGCUGGAGAAAAGCAGCUCCGCAGCGAGGCAGAGGCUGGCGAGCAGCACUGCCCCGGCCCGGUGUGCACCAUGUGUGGCCGGUGCUGAUGGCCGCGGCGGGGACGAAGGGCUCUGGGGAGAGGGACUGCGAGGCCAUGAGCCUGCAGCAGCCGCCCCUGGGCCUGAGAGGGGGAAGUGCCCCCGCUCUGUACAUCCACAGCAUGCCUGCGUGGGUGCUGGAGGAUUUCUGCCACAAGAUGGACUGCCUGAGUGACUACGACUGGAUGCGGUUCGCUUCCUACGUGAUAACAGACCAAACGGAGCUGCGGAAAAUCAAGUCCAUGGAGAAGACAGGGAUCAGCAUAACACGAGAGCUGAUGUGGUGGUGGGGGGUGAGGCUGGCAACUGUUCAGCAGCUCCUGGACCUGCUGCAGGGACUGCAGCUCUACCGAGCAGCUCAGGUCAUCCUGGACUGGACAUCAGCCUCUAAUAUUCCCAACUCUAAAAAAGAAGAGCUGGUAGCACCACCUAAACAGGAGAACAUCUCUUUACCUCCCACAGAAAACAAAAAUAAAGAGAGAAAAAACGAGACAAGUCUGUUGCCAUCACCAGACUCUUCACAUCUGGGAGUAUCACCAGCACAUGUUUCAGGUGCUGCUUCUGAAGGAACCUUGCAUUCACUGCCUUCUCCACCACCUCCCCCAAGAGACCUUUUGAAAUCCUUGCAGUCAAAUCCUCCUGUGUCAUCAAGUGUGAAGCCUUGCAGCUCUUCUGCUCCUCAGCAGGAGACAAUGACAGAUCUGCCCAGUGGGAGUCUGCUGUGGACCCAGAGGGAAGUGACUGAGGCCACAAAUGGUUUCAGUGACAGGAGCAGAAUUGGUGAAGGGACUUUUGCGGAUGUCUACAAAGGUCAGAGGAACAACAUGGUGUAUGUCAUCAAAAGGCUGAAAGAGGUGGAAUGCACAAGCCCAAGCUCCACCCAGAGGUUUUUUCAUACAGAAGUGCAGAUUUGCUUUCGGUGUUGUCAUGUCAACAUCUUGCAGCUGCUGGGUUUCUCAGUAGAAACUGGAUUGCACUGUCUGAUAUAUCCAUACCUUCCUAAUGGAUCCCUGCAGAACAAACUUCACUGUCAAGAUGAUUCUGCUCCACUGACCUGGGAGAUGCGAAUUAGCAUUUCUCUAGGACUCAUCCGAGCUGUAGAGUAUUUACAUAAUUUUGGAAUUCUUCAUGGGAACAUCAAAAGCUCUAAUGUCCUGUUGGAUGAAAACUUUACAGCAAAGCUUGGACAUUCAGGACUGCGACUGUAUUCUGCUGAUAAAAAAUCAGAAUAUGCUGUGAUGAAAACCAAAGUCCUGCAAGCUUCUCUGACUUACCUGCCAGAAGAUUUUGUCAGACAUGGGCAGUUAACAGAAAAAGUUGAUAUAUUCAGCUGUGGUGUGGUCUUAGCAGAGAUACUGACAGGGCUUAAAGCUCUGGAUGAAGGAAGACGCCCUAUUUAUCUGAAAGAUAUGAUUGAUGAUGAAAUUCAAACAGCAAAAGAAAGCUCAUACUCCAAAGGAAAAAGUUUUGAAAAGCUGGCUUCCAAGGAGAUCAUCUGUAAAUACCUGGACAGGAGAGCUGGUCACUUGCUGGAAGAGGCUGCUGUUGAUUUUGCCUCAGCUGUCUGCCUCUGUCUGAGGAAGAAGCAUUCCAACAUAGCAGAGGUGCUUGAAAAUAUGGAAAUGGCUGAAAAUAAAUUAAGAGAGCAUUAUUUCUGUGGAAGCAGCCUUUCUGGGUUCUCCAUGAACACUCCAGAAGAAACUGAUGAUGAGACAGUUAGUCUCAGCACAGAAGUGACUCCUGCAGGGGAGAGUAAAGAGGAGAAGAGGCAGGCAAAGAUCCUGACCAGUGCCAUUCCACACACACUGCUAACAGGGGCUGUCUCACCUGACAUUUACUGUGGACAAAUGUCCAGGGUCCCUUGUGAAUCGGAUGAAUCAAGUAGUUUUAUAUGGGAUCGCUCAGAAGGAUGUGCUGAUGAGCUGUCUAGCAGCACCUGUAACAAUUCAGAGAGUGUGGCAGCCUCUGAUUACAACCUGGAUCAGGGAAAACCUGCAAAUGGACUCCAGGAGAGGAGUGCAGCGUGCACCAGGUUUGACAGCACCUUGGAAACAGUAUCUGCUGCUCAGGGAACUUCUCAGCAAAGAAGUGCAGACCUUGAGCCCUCGUGUUCUUCACAAGCAUUACCCAGAGAGACAUCUUGGAAAAUAACGAUAAAUGAUAAAAAAAAAAAGCUCAUGGAAAAUAUUUUGCUCUAUGAAGAAGACAAAUUAAACAGUUCAGAACUUUUUGAAUCAUAAACUGGAUGGAUUUAUUAGCUAGCUCAGAAGAAGUAAGGACUUUCCAUUAGAAAGACAGUAAAAAUAUGCCUUUCAUGUAAGGUGAAGUAGCAGAUUUGGAUCAGAAACAUUAGCCCUGACUGAAGAAAAAAAAAGCAACCACACUGAGGAGAAACAGAAAACAUCUGUUCUAAAGCAGUGAAGCACAGUGCUGCCCUGUGAUCUUCUUCCUUUUCAUCUGCAGUGUAAAAAGGUAUGGCAAACACAAACAAUUGCCAAAAUAAUUUAGGAUCCUUUUGCAGUGUAUUUCAGAAAGCAUCUACACAGAAUGUGUCUUCAAAACCAGAGUCCCAGCAGCUGCAGGGUGAGCCCAUGAGCAGCCUGUGAGCAGUACCCUGUGGUGUUACCCUCCUGGGUGCAACCAGAAGUCUUCAGAGGGACUGGAGCUUUCAGGGUCAUCUGUCCACACCCUCAAACCUCCUGCAGUGCCAGGGAGGGGGAUUGUUAUGCAAGUCCUCAGUUGUAUUCUACACAACUCCAUCUCAGUCUGAACGGCACAGAGCUGUAAGUGAAUAAUUUGAGUUCAUGCUCUACUACAGACACACAGGGCACUGUUUGAAGUCUGACCUUUACCCUCUCACUGUUAGGAGCUCUGAGACAGUGUUUAAUACUUCAUAAGAGCAUUUUUGGAAGUUAAUUCUUUCUAAGUAAUCUUUACAUGUUGUUAAGGUUUCUCAUCAUGUUUCACAUAGGAACUGUGGUACGUUUUGGAUUAGAGACAAGGUUUUAAUUUUUAAAAUCUUUAAUUUUAUUAUUGAACACUUGGAAUUUGAUUUAUUUUGGGUGAAAGAACUGGUGAGAGAUGAGUUAGAAAGUGGGCCAGUUCUCAGUGCCAGGCUCUCCACUCUUCUCAGAGGAUUUGUUGUGUCUCUGAGCUUACCCAGCAUGAGCAGCUCUGGGGUCAACAUCCAUCAUCACACAGAAAAACCCAGGAACUUGGUAUUGUCAUGUUCAUUAUCAAGCAGAAGACUUAAGAAAGCUUCAUUUCUAUUGUUAUGACUAUUUAUUUUUGUAAUAUUGUUAGCAUAUGUCACUCUUGUGCAGUCUAAGGAAAUGCAGGUUUAUUAUUAAAAAAAAAAUCUCUCAAAAGAUGCAGCUCAGCUCACGGGUGCCCGUUGCCUCCUUGGCACAGGUAAGAGGGCCUGAUGUACAGAAAUGGGGAAAAUUCACAAUGGAGUUCAGGAAAUAUUUGUUAAAAAUCUGAAUUUAUAUGUAAUUAUUUUCAUUGGAAUUAUGUAAUACUAGUUUUCCUAGCUUUACAGGAAUAUCCCUGAGGAAAGCCUUGUAUCUCCUGUAUUUGUACAGUACCUGGUUCUUUGUAAGUGCUCCUAGAGCAAGUAAAAGCAAUUUAAAUAGAGACUUGAGUAUAGAAUCAUCUACACAUUUAUCGGAUUUAUUUCUACACUAAAAACUGCUAAAACACUUAGUUAUAAGUGCCUUGGAUACUGUCUGUACAUUUGGCAGUGUCAGAUUUUUAUUUUACCAGGAUCAAACCAAGAAAACAUUCAUACUGACAUAGAAACCAUUGAGGAUAUUCAGAUCUGUCAAUAACUGCUUAACUCCACGUGAGAUUUAAUUGAGACACUUCAUGGUGCUAAAAUGUUAGUAUUCAUUUUUUUCAUGGGUAUAUUUUGUGAGAUCUGUGGUAAAUACCUCUGGUCUCCUCCAGGAAGAACAAAGCUUCAGGGAAAACCAUGCAUAAAAUUUAUUCUUUAUGAUAAAAGUGUAUUGAAGUGUAAGAGGUUCCCACCAGUUAGAGAAGGGAUUCAUAUGGCUUCAAACAUGUAAUGUAGAAUAACCAUUUUAUUUAUUAAGGAAAAGAAAUAAGAAAAUAAGCCUUGAAUGUUAGCCUGUGAUUCACCUUGUCCUGUAUUAUUUUUGGCUCUAGGUCUUUUUAUUCUUCCUUAAAAGAUAAGCUGCUCCUAAGUCUGCCAGGACAAACUGUUCAGGUUCACAUGCUUCUUUAGGGUUGAGAAAUCAGAAAUUAUUUCAUUUGGUAGUAAAACAAAACAAAAACAGGCC